AUGUACGGAGGGCGAAAUGGUACGAACGAAUCGUGGAGUUUGCAGUUGUCCGCAACGGAGCCUCCAGCUGUCAAUUUGUCAAAAGUUGAUGCACCUGUAAGUUUCGGUGGACCGCUUACCCUGAUCGUUUUCGGAGGUGAAGCAGUGGAAGCAACCACUUACUUUCUAAAAAAAGACGAGAAAAUCGAACCGAAUCCUCGCUUAACGCACUGGAAGGUAUGUUUUGUUUUGUGUUGCUCAAAAACAAUUUUACGGCUUGGUUAUGUCCGCUCCUCCCUGUCCGUUUAG